AUGGCCGUAUUACUAACGUCUACAGCACAGCAAAAGAUGUUCAGAACCGCAGCACAGCCGGUGUCCUUCAGGACGUAUCUUGGCGCUAGCAAGACGUUCGCCAGGUUCAAAGGCUACAGUUCGAUCCCCAAGCUCACUUCGCUGGCUGACUUCCAGAGCAGCAUCAAGGGCUCGAAGCUCUCAGUCGUGGACUUCUAUGCUACGUGGUGCGGCCCAUGCAAGGCUAUGGCACCUCACCUCUCCAAGCUGGUCGACGAGUAUCCUGACGUGGGUUUCUACAAGGUGGAUGUCGACGAGAGCCCGGACGUUGCUCAGCAUUGCCAGGUCAGUGCAAUGCCCACGUUUGUGUUCGCCAAGAACGGCGAAAUGCUGGGUAAAAUAAUCGGUGCCAACCCCCAGGGCAUCGAGCAAGGCAUCAAGCAGCUCCAGUGA